CUUUCCUUGCUCGAAUAUGAGGAAAGGAGAGAUUGAAGUAGCUAAAGCUAAGGCUUUCUGCUAUUCAACCUUAGUUGGAAAGCCUUGGCUAAGAAGAAUUGAAGUUUUGCACAUAUCCGCGGGUUCUUCAAUUUGCUUUCUCCCUCAUAGAGGAAAUAGGUAUACUAUAUUCAUCCGCUUAUUGGGACUCCUUCGUUUGACCUAUGCAUUCUGUUAUCAUUUCCAGUUGGACAACCCAUGUUUACAAUUUGAGGAAGAAACGAACUCUUUCCAUUUCAUUUUUUUUUAGGAAAGCAAGUCCCUUCACUUCUUUAGGGGCUUGGAGCAGAUGAAGCCUUCUUCGGUCCGCUUUGGCUCCUGAUCUUGAGCUCGCUGGCCUCAGACCUGGCUUCUUCUUAUGAUGUAGUUGUAUAGGAACCAGCCACUACACUAGAGAUUUUAACAUAAAUGGACUUUCCCUGGGAUUUAUUUACUAAAGGGUAGUUCUUUGAGUCAGUGGAUGUUACAACGCAUCAAUCAGAUUCUGACCUGAAAAGAAAUGUGAUCCUCGAAGCAAUGAAAGAGCAUCAGUCCCAUCGCCGACUUUUAUUUCCCCUUAAUCCCGUUCUUUGAUUCAGAUUUGGAAAGGGGAAUUGCAACUGAAAGAUUCGCUCAUGCAUUUCCUUCAGGCAGGAAUAGUGAGUUAGUCAAUGCCACACAACUCUUUGAAUUUGCUGCAAGGACAGGGGCAAGGGAGUCGAAGAAAGCAAAUAGGUUCUCUAUCGCAACUCUGCUCUUUACUUUAGAUAAAGAGGAUUCUGCGCGGAAAGACAGAUCAGCUUCUCAACGUUCUCUUCCAGCUAUCAAGGAGACGAAAAGCUAUGUGAAGUCAAAUCAACGUUCAAAGUCAUGUGUGAUUAGGGAAUGAAUGUAGAGUGAGAAAGUUUCGCUAAGGCGCCGUCUAACUUGAGCUCUCUCCCUAUGUAUGGUCGAUAUCUUCCCUCUGAAAAUGCUGUUCGGGCGUCAAGUGGGAAUUCUCUUUCAAGUCAAGUUCACUUACCGCUUCCACUCUCUCUUCUCUCUUCUGUCGAUGCAGCUCACUCCGGGGCAAGUCAACGGAUAGAUGGCCUGCUUUCUCACUUUCAUUUGGCUUAUUCGAUACUGCUGAAAGGAACGAACCGAACCUGACCUGCACCUUAUUUUCCUAAGCAAACUCCCAUUGACUGGCGAGUUAUUUUUAUACCAUUUAGCUCGCUUGGCCUCCAAAAAAGGGAAUUGGAAAGAAAUCUCUUAUCUCUUAUCUCCCUAGUUCUACCUUUCUUAUCAUUUGCAGAGAGCUAGCUUAUUAGCAAAGAAAAGUCACGGGAGAUAGAAGAUAGAACAAUGAUUGAAAUGAUCAGCCAAAGAGAGACCUCCUGAGCUGUUGCAAGUCUAAAUACAUAUCCAAUAGUUUCUUCAGAGAGAGUACAAAAAAUCCAGGACUUUCAGAGUUGAUCGGUGCCAGGCAUCAUAGUCUGGGA